AUGCAGCCGUAUGAGAGCCAGAUUUUCCAACAGAAAGUCUAUGAAGAGCAAGCAAAACAGCUGCUACAGCACCAAAAGGCUGUAAAGGCUCUGCAACGUCUCAAAGCUACAGAAGACACGGUAGAGGAACUCAGACCAGAAGAGAUGGUAGAAGAACUCAUACCAGAAGAGAAGUCAGAGCCACUCGUACCAGAAGAGACGGUAGCGGAACUCAAACCAGAAGAGACGGUAGAGGAACUCAGACCAGAAGAGAAGUCAAAGGACCUCAGACCAGAAGAGACAGUAGAGGAACUAAUACCAGAAGAGACGGUAGAGCCACUCAUACCAGAAGAGACGGUAGAGGCACUAAUACCAGAAGAGACGGUAGAGGAACUACUCAUACCAGAAGACAGCCAACUGGAAGUCUUACCGUCGGAGAUCCAAGAGGCAGCCGUAACGAAGCAGGCCUCAGCUGAAGAGACUGUGGAUAUUUCUCUGGAGGAAGAAACACAGUCCAUCGCAAAAGGCACCAGAUCUGCUCAUCUCAUGGCUGCUGCGAUGAUGAAGAAAAAAGUGGAGACUGGGGUUCGGAUCCCAGAGGACAGUCAGCUCACAGACAAAGACCUCAAAGCCAUCGGGAAAGCGGCCGCCAAAAGCUUGCUGCAGGAGUGUGGCUCGGUGUCUGCUCUAAGCGACAAUAGUUUCACUGAGGAAACUAUGAAACUGAACCUCCAACUCAGCCACGACUCCGUGAAGCUGAUCAAGUUCGCGGACGACACCACCCUCAUUGGACUCAUCUCCAACAACGAUGAGUCCGCCUACAGGAGGGAGGUGGACCGGCUGGUGUCCUGGUGCAGUGGUAACAACCUGGAGCUGAACGCCCAGAAGACAGUGGAGAUGAUUGUGGACUUCAGGAAGAGCACUGUCCCCCCGCCCCCACCCUCCGUGAUGGACUCCCCCAUCACCUCUGUGGAGUCCUAUCGUUUCCUGGGCACCACCAUCACCCAGGACCUCAAGUGGGAGCCGACCAUCAGCUCCCUCAUCAAGAAGGCCCAGCAGAGGAUGUACUUCCUGCGGCAGCUCAGGAAAGCCAAGCUGCCUGCACAGAUGUUGGUGCAGUUCUACACGGCCAUCAUCGAGUCCAUCCUCACCUCCUCCAUCACCGUGUGGUUCGCUGGAGCCACAGUCAGGGACAAACAGAGACUACAGCGCAUUGUGCGCUCUGCAGAGGAAGUGAUCGGCCGCAGCCCUCCAUCGCUGCAGGACCUGUACGUCGCCCGAGCUCGAGGCCGGGCUGGUCGUAUCACAGCUGGGUUGGGGGGGUGA